AUGUAUAAAAAUCGGUUUUUUGCAGACGGAAAUUCUUCGUCAAGCGAAGAAAACAGUGAUGAUGAACAACAAAUAAAAAUUCCAAUAGCAGAAUCUUUGGUAAAAUCAUAUCUUAUUAACAAUGAUGAUAAUGAUGAUGCCGAAAAUGUUAAACGUAUUGUUCGAAGUGAAAAAGAUAAACGAUACGAAGAAAUAGAAGAAAAUAUUAAAAAAAUCGAACAAGUUAUACGUAUACGUGAUAUCAAACAAGUUUACGAAUGUUUUGAAAAUUUAAUCAAAGCAUAUGAUAAAGCUCGUCAAGUGAUAGAAAAAGAACAAAUUAUACCACGGUUUUAUAUAAAAAUCUUAGUACAACUUGAAGAUUUUGUUAAUGAAUGUUGGAAUAAUAAAGAUUGGUGUAAUGAAUUUAAUAAAAAGAAUUUGAAAAUACUUCGUCAAUAUAUACAAAUAGAAUCAUUUCAAAAUGAAAUAAAUUCAUAUCGUGACAAACCAGAUGAUGAUGUAAUUGAAAUCAAUGAAACUUCAUCAAGUGAUGAUUUUUCAAGCGAAAAUAAUGAUGCUUCAAUUGAUAAUGAAUUACCACUAAAUCAAUCUUACGUCAAUUUUUUUCUUCGAAAACCUGAUAGUCAAAAUACAACUAUUACUAAACGACGAGAAGAAGAUAUUCUAAAAUUUGAUAAUGAUAAAGAAAUUUUAAAAAAAUUAAAUGAAAUUCUUUCUACACGUGGUAAACAUUCUAUAAAUUAUCAUGAUCAAUUUGAAUAUUUAAAUAAUCUUCGACAAUAUGUUAAAAAACAAAAUUUAAGUGUUGAAAUUGAUAUUAAAAUUUUAUUAAUAGAUAUUACAAUUAGUUUUGAUUAUCAUCAAAAAGAAAAUCAAUAUUCAAAAUUUGAAACAUGGAAACGCAUCCUCGAUUGUAUCGAAGAAUUAAUAACACUAAUAUUCGAAAAUGAUCAUGUAGAUAUGAAUGAAUAUAUAAAGGAUGAUAUGAUAACUAUGAUUCUUAAGAUGAAUGAAGAAUUUACAAAAAUUUUACGAAAUAUUGAUUAUCAUAGUCAAAAUUAUAUCGAACAAUUGAAAGAUGAAUUUCGUAUUUGUUCAAUAAUUAAUCAAGUAAAAAAUUAUUUCGAAUUAAAAUUUCAUGAAAAUAAUAAAAUUAUUCAAUCAGAACAUUUAUGUACAAUUUAUCUCUGUCUCAUUGAACAUAUUUAUUAUAAAUAUGAUAAAACAUCUGAUCAAUCUUCUAUUAUAUUAAUAGAUCAUCUAUGUAAAUAUAUUUAUACAAAUAACACUUUCAAUCAUGUACGUACACAAGCAAAUCUCUAUCAUAUUUAUCAUUUAUCAUUACAUAAUUAUUAUCAUGAAGCACGUAAUUUAAUGUUAAUGAGUCAUAUACAAGAAACAAUUCAUUUAUCAAAUAUUUCAAUACAAAUUUUAUAUAAUCGAACAAUGGUUCAAUUAGGUUUAUGUGCAUUUCGUUUUGGUUCAAUACAUGAAACACAUCAAAUAUUAAUAAAUUUACAACCAGAAAAUCGUAUGAAAGAAUUAUUAGGACAAAAUAUUCAUAUAAAAGAACAACAAUAUUUAUUACCAUUUCAUAUGCAUAUUAAUUUACAAUUAAUUGAAUGUAUUUAUUUAAUAUCAGCUAUGCUUAUUGAAAUUCCAUCUAUACAUAAACAUUCAAUUAGUAAACAUUUUCAUAUUGUAAUGAGUCAAGGUGAAAAACAAUUCAUUUUUGAAUCAAUGGAAACAAUGCGUGAACAUAUUAUUGCAGCUAGUCAUGCAUUGAAAAUAGGUGAUUGGAAAACAUGUGUCAAGUAUUUAAUUAAUGAUAAAAUGAAUAAACAAAUAUGGAAUUUGAUGCCACAAGGAACCAUAAUGUUUGAAAUGCUUAUAAAUAAAAUAAAACAAGAAUCAUUACGUAUUUAUUUAUUUACUAAUUCUAUGAUCUUUGAUUCUAUUUCAAUAUCAAACAUAGCUGAUAUGUUUGAAUUAUCAAUAAGACAAGUUUAUGAAAUUAUUUGUAAGAUGAUUAUUAAUGAAGAAUUAAUGGCUUCAAUUGAAGAUUCAAAUCAAAUUGUUAUUCUAAAUCAAAAUAGAUUAUCACAAACACAAAUUCUUUCAAGUGAAUUGAUGGAAAAAAUCUUUCGAUUAUACGAACAAAAUCAAAAGUUGAAUCAUUUUUAUUCACGAUCAAAUCAAUAG